CAAAGCCGAGGGAAGAAAGAGAGAGGGAGAGAGAAAGCAGGGUUAGGACUCAAAAGUUAGGAUGAUGCGGCCAUACUCGCUAUCUUCUUCGUCCUCACUCACAGUCACCCCCCAAAACCCUAAACUUUCCCCUGCCCAUUCCUUCUUCUUGCCUCCCCUUCCAGGAACCACUGCGUUUAGCUUCUCUUCUAACCCUACUUACAUCAGGAAGGGACUCUCUCUGAAAUGUCGUCAGAGUGAAUACUUCGACCAGCAGAAGUUCGCUACCACCAAUGCUCAGUAUGAUAACUCCUCCUUUGCUCCACAGACUCCCUCUAGAGCUGAUCAAUUACCGGCUAGGUUCUACGUGGGCCACUCGAUAUACAAAGGAAAGGCUGCACUUACUGUUGAGCCCAAAGCUCCGGAAUUCACAGCUCUAGAUUCUGGGGCAUUCAAAAUAUCCAAGGAAGGUUUUGUACUUCUUCAGUUUGCUCCUGCAGCAGGUGUUCGUGUAUAUGAUUGGAGCAGAAAGCAGGUAUUCUCACUAUCAGUGACAGAAAUUGGAAAUCUAGUUAGCCUUGGUGCUACUGGAUCCUGUGAAUUCUUUCAUGACCCUUUUAAGGGUAGAAGUGAGGAAGGUCAGGUUAGGAAGAUGUUGAAGGUGGAGCCUCUUCCAGAUGGAUCUGGCCACUUCUUCAAUCUCAGCGUUCAAAACAAACUUAUUAAUUUGGAUGAGAGUAUAUAUAUUCCGGUUACCAGAGCAGAGUUUGCAGUUCUCAAUUCAGCUUUCAAUUUCAUCUUGCCACACCUUUUAGGCUGGAGUGCAUUUGCAAACUCCAUAAAACCCGAAGAAGUGAGCCGUGGAAAUAAUGCUAGUCCCAAGUAUGGGGGAGAUUAUGAGUGGAAGCGAUAGUCAUUGCAAGGCCUCCUCCAUACAUGGUGCAUAGGAUGGAAUUUUGAGAUGGGAUUUUCCAUUGUAUUUAUCCCCAUUUAGCAAUAUCCUCCCAAAAUUUUGGCACCAUUUUGAUUUUUGUGCGGCUUUUUAUUUUUAUUUUUUUAAUGGUAGAAAAGAUUAGAAAUUGACUAGGACGUAAAAAACGAUUUAUCAUUACAAAAGCUUUUAUUCGCUAAUUUUUACCA